AUGGGACUAUUAACUAUGGGAACUCCGCUUCCUUGGGAGAAAGCCAAACAACACCGUGAUUACGUUCGUAAUCAUGGAAUAGACCAAUUCUUAGCACUUUAUUAUAAAUCCAGGGAUAUACAAAAUGAUUCUUUAUUAUGGGGUGAUGAAGUAUCAAAUACUUCAUGGAAACCAGAAUAUGGAAGAUAUAUGCUCGAAGGUACACCUGGAAAGCCAUAUGGUAGUUCGUUGAGUGAUCUAAUUCAAGUUGAACCAAACAUGAAGUUACGAAGAGAGAUCGCAGAGAAACAUUUGGAACAAAAUGAAGUUCUAAUCACACUUACUAGCUUUCCACGUCUUGGUCAAGGCCAAUUCUUAGAACCUCAUCAUGAACCAACAGGGCCUAUUUCAAGAAGCUUGUUUGUUCCUGAUGAGAUUAUAAAUCCACAUGCGAGAUUUCCAACACUUACAGCCAAUAUUAGGAAACGUAGAGGUUCAAAAGUAGCCAUCAAUAUGCCAAUUUAUCAUGAUAAAAAAACACCAAAACCAUUUAUUGAUCCUACCAUUCCCCGGGAUCGUAAUUUAUAUCCUGAAGACAGCGAAGCUGCGGAAGGUGCUGCUUUUCUUGAUCACAUAUACAUGGAUUCUAUGGUAUUUGGAAUGGGUUGUAGUUGUUUGCAAAUUACUUUUCAAGCUUGUAAUAUUGAUGAAGCAAGACGAUUAUAUGAUCAUUUAGCUACCAUGUCACCUAUCAUGUUGGCAUUGACAGCAGCAGCUCCAAUUUAUAGAGGAUACUUAUCUGACGUCGAUUGUAGAUGGAAUGUAAUUGCUUGUAGUGUGGAUGAUCGCACAAAAGAAGAAAGGGAUUUAGAGCCUCUUAAGAAAGAUAGAUUUGUAAUUAACAAAUCACGUUACGAUUCAAUUGACUGCUAUAUUUCUACCGAGAAAAUCCUAAAACCAGAAUAUAAUGAUCUAAACUUAGUUUAUGAUAAGAAAAUUUGGAUUGACGAACUAUUAGCACGUCACAUAUCACACUUAUUCAUUCGUGAUCCAUUGGUUAUUUUUGAAGAAUUAUUAGACCAAGAUGAUCAUGUUUCCUCUGAUCAUUUUGAGAAUAUUCAAUCCACAAAUUGGCAAACAAUGAGAUUUAAACCUCCCCCGCCAAAUUCCAAUAUCGGAUGGCGAGUUGAAUUUCGUAGUAUGGAAAUUCAAAUUACCGAUUUUGAAAAUGCUGCGUUUGCAGUAUUUAUUGUAUUGUUGGCGCGUGUGAUAUUAAAUUAUCGAUUAAAUUUUUAUAUUCCAAUAUCAAAGGUGGAUGAAAAUAUGGGAAUUGCUCAUAGGCGAAAUGCAGUCUUGAGCGAAAAAUUUUGGUUCAGAAGGAAUAUAAUUCAAGGUAAAUUAAAUCACUCAAACAAUUCUAUAAAUUAUUGUUUAAAUGGUCAUUCUACUAAUAUAAAUGGGACGUCAAUUUCAAUUGAAGAUGAAGAUGAAGAUGAACACGAGAAAAUGACUAUAAACGAAAUAAUUAAUGGCAAGGAUGCAAAAUUUACAGGAUUGAUUACUUUAAUAUUUCAAUAUCUUAAUUCGGUAGAUAUUGAUAUUUCAACAAAGCAUCAGUUGGAAAAAUAUUUGGAAUUUAUUAAACUGCGUGCUAAAGGAGAAAUUCAAACUGAAGCAACUUGGAUACGUAAUUUUGUUCAAUCACAUCCUAAAUAUAAAUGUGAUUCUGUAGUAUCACAAGAAAUUAAUUAUGAUCUUAUAAAAAUGGUUGAAAAAAUACAGAAAGGAGAGGUGAACACACCCGAAUUAUUGGGUAAUGGUUAG